GAAAGAAACGAAGAUUGCUUCACUGGUUGCAGCUUCACUUGACUCCCAAAUUCCUUCUUUCGGCGGAACAACUUCGACGCUAUUCGAUUGAAAUCUCUCACAAAUAUUCCGGCUGCAGAGCUAUCCAUGGGCUGCAGUUAGUUGCAGUCAAAUGUGUUUAUUUUGCUAAAAGAAGUUAAUAAUUCUUGUUAGAUGUCUAAUGAUGAGGAGAAUCCACCUGUUAGCAAAGCUUCAAAUGGUUCACAAGCUCCACCUCUGCCCAAUCAAAUCCAAGUGACGUGGUACAGUGCUUUAGUUCAGCAAGCUUCAGUCUAUGGUGUAGCUGCUGGGUACUGCCUCUCAGCUUCAUUGCUCUCCAUUAUCAACAAAUGGGCUGUCAUGAAAUUUCCUUAUCCUGGGGCACUAACUGCUUUACAGUACUUCACAAGUGCAGCUGGUGUCAUCCUUUGUGGGUACUUCAAGUUCUUAGAGCAUGAUGCGCUUGACCUUUUGACCAUGUGGCGGUUUCUACCUGCAGCCAUUAUAUUUUACCUCUCACUUUUCACCAAUAGCGAGCUCCUCCUCCAUGCCAAUGUUGACACUUUUAUUGUAUUUCGUUCAGCAGUUCCCAUCUUUGUAGCAGUAGGAGAGACCCUAUUUUUGCACCAACCAUGGCCAGCAAUCAGGACAUGGGUCUCGCUUGCUACCAUCUUCGGAGGAAGUGUGAUUUAUGUUCUAACAGAUUACCAAUUCACUGUUAUGGCAUAUAGCUGAGCUUUAGCUUACCUGGUAAGCAUGACCAUAGACUUUGUUUACAUAAAGCAUGUGGUAAUGACAAUUGGUUUGAAUACAUGGGGUCUUGUUCUGUACAAUAAUCUUGAGGCUCUCUUACUGUUUCCUUUGGAGCUACUUAUUAUGGGGGAGUUAAAGAAAAUAAAGCAUGGAAUCUCAGAUGAGUCAGACUGGUAUUCUUUUGAGGUGGUUUUGCCAGUGGGGUUAUCAUGUUUGUUUGGUUUGGCAAUAUCUUUCUUUGGGUUUUCUUGUCGAAGGGCAAUUUCUGCAACCGGCUUCACAGUUCUGGGUAUAGUUAACAAAUUGUUGACUGUUGUGAUUAAUUUGGUUAUUUGGGAUAAACAUUCAACCUGGGUGGGAACAAUUGGACUUUUGAUUUGUAUGCUGGGUGGCAUCAUGUAUCAGCAGUCUACUAGUAAUAAACCCAAGGCUGUAUCAGAAACUAAAGCACAAGGGAAUGAAGAGGAACAACAGAAGCUACUCAAAAAGCAGAGCACAGAAAGCAACAAUAUCCUUAAGAAAGUAAAAGAGUCAGAAGGGGAUAAAUGACACAGCUUAUAGAAGGCGACAUGAUUUGAUGCUUUGCCAUUGUGUUUUUGAACUCGUUACUGGGUCCAGAGUGGUUGAUUUGAAAUAUUCUUGGAUUGGCAAUUUCCAUCCAAGUAACUAUGUGUAUGGGCAGAAUACUUUUUUACUUCUGAUCAAAGAGAAAGCUCAUAGGUGAUGCCAACGCGGCAAAUUGGUCAGGUAUCCCCUUGAUCAAUAAAACUGCAACUUACAUUACAUUCAUAGUUGAUUAUUUAUUUUUACAUCCAACCUGAAACAGGCUGGGAUCUUUUGUUCUUUUGUUUGUAUUAUUGUGAACAGCCUUAAUAGCA